AUUGUUGCUUCCAUGGUGUGUAGCUAGAUGAAGGAAUUGAACGAGAAAUGACCCGAUAUUAGAAUAUUGGAUAUCCACUGUAACAUCCAACGGCAGGCUUCGCAGGUUUCCCCGUAUUGUGUCGGCACAAAGCUUCACUGCGUAGCACUUUUUUGCUGCUGGAGCUGCAGCGCGGGGCAGAAGCGGCCAGCUUCAGAGCCCUCCGAGUUCCUCCCCUCUCCCCUCAAGGGACGCACCACAUGACUUAAAGAUACGCUGGAGGGUCGACUGGAUAUAUUCUCGCAUAACACCGUUCUUUCAUUCUUUUUCCUUCUUUCUUUCGUCAACCGAAUUUGCGAGUCAGCAACCAGGAAGCAGGAAAGGACAAUAAAAAAGAAAAAAAAAGAAAAAAAAAAGAGAAAACAUAGAAAAGGGGAACUUUGCAAUGGCUGGUCCUGUCCCAAUCGCCCAUUCUUUGGGUGAUAUCUACACCUCCGAUGCCCUGCCCUCACAGACCAAACGAUGGAACAAGCUGGUGUCUCAAUUCGAGGCGAAGUACGGUCAUGGCCCCGAAUUUGUCUCCCGGUCACCAGGCCGAGUGAAUAUCAUCGGUGAGCACAUCGACUAUUCACUCUACCCGGUGUUGCCCAUGGCCAUCGCCGCGGAUGCCUUGCUCGCUGUGUCGACGAGCCCGACUCCAGAGAACGCCAGCAGUUACACAAUCAAGAUUGCCAAUGUGCAGGGGUCAAAAUUCCCCGAGCACGAAUUCUCUCUGGGGUUCGACGCCGUCGACAUUGACGCCACCGUCCACGAGUGGACUAACUAUUUCAAGUCGGGCCUGCGCGGCGCCCUGGAGCUGCUACGCAAGAAGCACGGAGAUGACUUCAAACCCAAGAGCAUGAACAUCCUUGUCGACGGCACUGUUCCUACGGGUGGCGGUUUGAGCUCCAGCGCCGCCUUUGUCACUGCCAGUGCCCUUGCGGUCAUGAUAGCCAACGGCGAGCAGACUGUUGACAAGACCGAGUUGACCGAGCUGGCUAUCGUUAGCGAACGGGCAGUCGGCGUGAACUCUGGCGGAAUGGACCAGUCCGCCUCCGUCUUCUCGGAGCGCGGUUCCGCCCUCUUCGUCUCAUUCAGCCCAACCCUAAAGGCGCGCCCCGUUCAGUUUCCCAAGACCAACCCAGAGCUGGUGUUUCUGAUCGCCCAGUCUUUCGUCACCUCGGACAAGUUCGUCACCGGGCCCAUCCACUACAACCUCCGCGUGGUCGAGUGCUCGCUCGCGGCAGCCUAUCUCAAUGCCGUCCUGAACCCACCCGGCACCCGGCUACCUGCCGAUGCCGCCCCUCUGGGCAUCAGCCUUCAUGGGUUUCAAGAAACCUACUUUGCCUUGAAGGAGCGCGCUGCCGGGGCCACGUCGAGCAAGUCCGUGUCCGAGCAGCUCCAGGAGCUGCUCACCCUAACAGAACAGACGCUCGACAAGCCGGAAGGUUACACCCGGGAAGAGAUCGCCACGGUGUUGGGAAUCACCGUCGACGAGCUCAACGCCAGGUUCACCUCGCGCUUCCCCGUCCGCGCCGAGCGCUUCAAGUUGCGCCAGCGCGCGCAGCACGUCUACAGCGAAGCCUUGCGCGUCCUGCAGUUCCUGGACCUCCUCGAGAGCAGCAGCUCGCCCGCCAGCGGCGAGGACACAGCCGCCUACAACGCCCGGCUCGGCGCCCUCCUCAACGAGACUCAGGCCUCCUGCCGCGACGUCUACGAGUGCAGCUGCGCCGAGAUCGACGACCUGUGCGCCAUCGCCCGCCGCAACGGCAGCUACGGCAGCCGCCUGACCGGUGCCGGCUGGGGCGGCUGCAGCGUGCACCUCGUGCCCGCUGACAGGGUAGCCGCGGUGCGGGAGGCGUGGGAAACCGAGUACUACAGCAAGCUGCAGCUAAGCCAGGAGCAGAAGGAGGCGGCCGUGGUGGUGAGCCGACCGGGGAGCGGGAGCGCGGUGUUCCUGGUGAAGGGUGGAAACUUGGUUUGAGCGAGGCCUUCCUUCUCCUUGCAGCUCAAGAUAUCCCAAAAGCGAAGCGUCUUGGGAAUUGUUCUGCUUUCCCUUCCGGACGGUUACACUUCCCAGUUUUCGGACGUUUGCUACUACUAGUCGGUGUUUCCUUCCAGCAGUAUAUAGGGGAUUUGGAAUGUUCUCAAGUGGAAUUGAUAUGUUACCCGACCCCAGGAUGGAUACAUUCCACCAAGUUCAGAGAACGAGGUUCUCCGCUGUCAUGUUCAGUAUGAAACCGUGUUCGGAGCGACAUGAGGGACCAGGAGGGUCUUUGUUAGGAUAAUAUGAAUUAGGCGGGCUAAUGAGGCAACCUUGUAGACCCCUUGGCCAGAGGCAUUUUACAUCCUCCUUCCCGCUAGCUGGUAUACCA